CGGGCGCCGUCGUCGCGUGACGCGUUUUCAAAUCUUUAACCGCCGCGGCUCGCACGUCGGAGCUUCGGCCCCUUCCUGCCGGGGGAGGCUCGGCGCCGGAACCGGCCCCUCACGGCGGCGCCGCGGCCUGGGCCCGGAGACCCUGCAGCUUUGUGUUCGCGGCCGUCACCGGCGGCACCCGGUGCGGGCCCAGCAUGUAGGUGCCUGGUGGCUGCCAUGAACCUGGAGACCAUGAGGAUCCACAGCAAGGCGCCCCUCCCGGGUGGCAUCCAAGACAAAAAUGAAAAGAACAGACCGUCCUUGAAAUCCCUGAAAACUGAUAAUAGACUGGAAAAAUCCAAAUAUAAGCCUCUCUGUGGAAAAAUAUUUUACCUUGACUUACCUUCUCUCACCGUAUGUGAAAAACUACAAAAAGACAUAAAGGAUCUUGGUGGGCGAGUUGAGGAAUUUCUCAGCAAAGAUAUCAGUUAUCUUGUUUCAAAUAAAAAGGAAGCAAAGUAUGCACAAACAUUGGGUCGAAUUUCUCCGGUACCGAGUCCAGAAUCUGCUUAUACUGCGGAAACCACCUCACCUCAUCCCAGCCACGAUGGGAGUUCCUUUAAGUCUCCAGACAGAGUGUGUCUGAGCAGAGGAAAGUUAUUAGCUGAAAAAGCUGUCAAGGAUCAUGAUUUUAUUCCUGCUAAUAGUAUACUAUCAAAUGCCUUAUCAUGGGGAGUAAAGAUUCUUCAUAUUGAUGACAUUAGAUACUACAUUGACCAGAAGAAGAAAGAGUUGUGUGCGCUCAAGAAAUCAAGUACUUCUGUGAGGGAUGCGGGAAAAAAAGCUGGUACUGGAAUACAAAAGGCAAGAAGGAGACUCAGAAAGCCGUUUUUAAAGGUUGAAGAUGUGAACCGGUCUUACAGACCGUUCUACCUUCAGCUGACCAAUAUGCCUUCCAUAAACUGCUCUACUCAGAAGCCUUGCAGCCCAUUUGACAUAGACAAGCCAUCCAGCAUCCAGAAGCAAGCUCAGCCUAAACCCAGAAUUAAUACAGAUGGCGAUAAAUGUGGUGGAACCCCAGUUCAACUCCAGUUGAAGGAAAAGAGAAAAAAAGGAUAUUGUGAAUGCUGCUUACAAAAAUAUGAAGAUCUCGAAACUCAUCUUCUGAGUGAGAAACACAGAAACUUUGCACAGAGUAACCAGUAUCAAGUUGUUGAUGAUAUUGUAUCUAAGUUAGUUUUUGAAUUUGUGGACUAUGAAAGAGACACACCUAAAAAGAAAAGAAUAAAAUACAGCACCGGAUCCCUUUCUUCUGUUUCUCAAAAUGUCCUGAAAAACACUGAACCAAAGGAGACGCUACAGUUGGAGCCCAUUUUUCAGAAAGACAUGGGAGAAAGCAGUGGGCAACUGCUCAAGCAGGAUUUUCAGUGUGAAAAAACUCAGAAGCCUGAACAAAAGCUGGUGUCUGCUUCAGAACCUGUGUCCUGCUCUUCAGCUGGAGUGGAAGGGUGUGAUGGGAAAAGAGUGAGCAUGCUACAUGCAAGUGACCCUGACCUAAGACAGGACUUUACACCGCUACCUCCAUGUAAAAAUGAGCAGGAAGGAAUUCUUGAUGUUUCUGGAUAUAAAUUAAUUAUUAAUAGAAGCGAUUUAGAACAGAGGGUAGGUGACUCUCCAGGUGUGCCACGGUCAUGUGUAGAAGUUUCUUAUCUAAGUACAGAAAAUAGUCUACCCCAACCAAAAUUAGCAGCAGAUAAUACACAUUUUUCAGCAAAAGAUCUACAGGAUAAGGAAAUUCAUUUUGUGUUUGGUCAGGAUUCUGACCUGGUGACUUUAAAUCCACCAAAGGAACACCUACCAGUGGGGGCCAGAACUCCACCCUGUAGUCCUCAGGGCCCUGAUGAGUGUGGCACUGAGAACACGGAUAAUUUGCCUUGUGGUAAGAUCCAGCGGAAAGUGAAAAUGUUAUUAGGGCAAAAGAAAAAAACUGUGUACCCAAGUGCUGAAUUGGAUACAAAAAGAACUGAGUAUCCUGCAUGUGAAGACAGAACUUGUGGGUCAUCCAUACAGUCUCUACUGGACCUCUUUCAAACAAGUGGGGAGAAAUCAGAAUUUUUGGGUUUUACAAGCUACACUGAAAACAGUGGACUAUGUGAUGUUUUAGAUAUUUGGGAGGAAGAAAAUUCAAGUAGUCUUCUGUCAUUUUUCUCUUCCCCUUCAGCUUCUACAUUCGUUGGAUUUUAGUAUUUAAUGUGUUUUUCAGAAGUCAAAGCUAUAUUCUUGAAAUUUUUAUAGAUACAUAUAUAAUUCUUAGGAGUUGUUUUGGGUUUUUGGCCAGCUUUGUAUGAAAUCAUAUGUAAAUAUUAAUUAAGAUUAUAAUUUUUUACAGAAUUGAGUAGCUGUUGCAAAUUAUACAAUAAAUCUUGUGAUUUAUUUUAUAUAACUAUGGUCAUAAUUGUUUUCUGAGAGUUGUAAUGAAUAUCAUUUGCUCUAUCACUGACAGUAAUUUCAAGUGAGAUUUCAAACAGAUCAAAAAUUGAGCACUACACAUUGUAUGCUAUUAACCAUUGCCCAUUAGCAUAGAUUUUCGUCAUUAACAUGUUAGUACCUAAAGUAAAAUUUCAGAAAGAGAGGGAAAAAAUAUUAAUUGGUAUAUUUGGAUUCUUGAAGUUACUCAAAAUAUUGACUAUAAACACUGACCAAGCUAGAUUCUGCCAGGAUCCUUAUACUGCAAACUGAGGUUAUUGAAGGGAUCAGAACAAUUCCAAAAAAUCAUAAAGGAGAGCUUAAACCACUGACCUUUGUGGAAGUUGUAAGUUAAAAAUAAUUUGUUUACUAUUCGAUGAUUAAUGAUAUAGUGAAUUGUUGGGAUUGUUUUGAAAUGCCUGGGAGGACUAACUUGAUCUGGUACUUGACUUUCCUAAGCACACUGCAGACUACAAUUCUACUUGUUUUACUAUCUUGGUCAAGUGCCUUCUGCAUAGCCCAACCCAUACAACCCAUGUAGCUCCAGUUGUUCCACCAUUUUUAUACCCUUGUUUUUACCAAACUUUUAAACGUUUUAAAGACCUGUACUCAUUAGGAAAUACUUGGGGAUGUUCUGCCAGAGCAGAGCCAUAGCACUGGCUGGGGAGACUUUCCCUUGCUGGCACAGAAUUGUUCGACUCUGGGGAAGCAGAGCAGAGCUGUGACAACCCUCUUCUGCUGAAUCAGAGUUGUGACACUUGCAUUAGAGAAACCUUUCCUGGAGCACGGCUCUAACACCGCUGGGAAAACUGUCCCCACCAGACAAAAGCUGUAACACUUCUGUUAGAAUACCCUUGGCUUCCUGCUGCCAGGAUACCAGUCCCUUCUGAGCUUUAGCUAAUCCUUGGGGUGUGAGUGCCAGGAUACCUUCUGAGAUGUAGGUAACCCUUGGCUUCCAAAUGCAAGAGUACCUUUCCCUUCCAAACUGUAGGUAAUACUUAAAUUUGUAUCAAUAUACAAAACUACCUUAAAAGAGUAGGAACAUAUAAAGUAUGUUUUUUAAAAAUGUAAAAUAUUUGGGAUUGAUAGUGGCUUUUUAUUUUAAAGUAGAUUUAAUGAUCUACACUUUUAUUCUAACCUUUCCAUAUACCCCCUUUUUUCAGAAAGGGAUCCUUAAAUCUAACCUUUCUUAGUUUUCAACCAAUCCCCCCUAAAUGAAGACAAACAUUCAUAACCCACCAAACAACCAAAACCACUCACUCCACCUCUUGUAAUGUAGGCAUUGUAUUCCUAAAAUUACAUUAUGAUAUCAGGGGGCAAUAGCAUCUUUAGGAACCCCUGAGAAAAUUGAG